CAACACAGCAAACUCCUCUGACCAAAAAUGCAGCAAAGAUGCUGUGAUUAUGAAGGUUAACUUUAGGUCCUUCAAUCUUUGAAAGUGGUUGAUAAAAGGAUGCAACCAAUUUGUUAAGGCAGAAGAGAGUAUGUGAAGCUGUGAAGUUGAAGGUUAACUUAAUGUCCUUCAAUCUUCUUGAGGCAAAAGAUCUGCAAGAAGUAAGAUAAAAAAAAUGCUGGUUUGAUGAUGUUUUAUGUUGCUGGUAUGGGUGGUGUUUUAUGCUACAGCAUUAGUCCAAAAAGGCAAGGAUGGCUUGUGAAGGUGCAGAUUGGGACCAUGAGAGUAGUCAACAUUGCAUCAAGAUGGUACGUGACUGUAGAGAAAGAAUGUGAAAACCAAGCACAAGAUGGACAACAAAGGGCUGAUCCAGGUGCUUAGGCAUAAAUCUAUUUUUGUUUUGAUUUUACAGCUUUAACACCAAGGAGGAGUGUUAGAGUUGUGGUGUCAAAGCUGCAGCAGUGGGAGCAAAUUGAAAGACGUGAGAGCUGCAACAUGACUGCACAGUAGCAGCAAACUGACAACAGCAUGAAGCUGCACAUGGGCUGCAAAAUGGCAGCAAAUCUUUUGAAUGUAACCUUAUUUUAAAUGUUUGAUAGAUUUUCUUGUAUUAGGUAAAAUAUUAAGUGAGAAGAAAUUAUUUUUUAUUAU